AAAUGUCGUCCCGAAAAACAGAGUCGGACAAUCUUCCAAACUUAUAUUAAUUUCCUCCUUCUUCUUCCCUCUGUCUGUGCCACAGAUCUUCCCUUUCCUUCAAUCUACGCUUCUUCUUCUUCUCCUUUUAUCUCUUUGUCAGACAAAAAAAAAACCAAUAUCAAAAAAUAAAAAAACUUGUUUUGUUUAUUCGAAAAGAGAGUGUGAAAAGAACUUGUAGAUUGUCUCAUGUGCUCAUCUUCUUCUUGUUCUUCGCUGUCUUCGUUUCGUGAGCUUCCCAGCAUCAGAUAAAAGCAACGGAAUUAAAAAAAAAACAAAAAACAAAAAACAAAUCCCUACAUGCAGCUUUAAGAACAAUCCAAACCAGAGGAGUCAUGGAAUCACUAAUCGAAGACGAAGAAUCUCGAUUCUUCGACGCACACGAAGACAUCGCGUCCUGCUCCACCGCAAUCGCCUUCGACGCAUCUCCACCGUCCAUCUCCGCCUACGACGUCUGGAUCAAAAGUCCAGGAAACGCCGAGGAGCGUCGAGAGAAGUUCUUGCACUGGAUGGGAGUUAACGUGGAGGAAUCAGACAAUGUGGAUCGUUUCUCAGCCUCUGUCAACGAAGCAACAACUGUUUUGAGGAGUUUGAGAUCCGAAGACGAGUUCAGCUCUUGCCGUUGUGAUUCCUCUGUCUUUAGUCCGAGUGAUAAUGUAGAUAGGAUUGUGAAGGAGAGUUUGUGUAACGAGGAUGAUGAUAUUAGCUCUAGUCUUUGUUCUGAAUCACCUGCAAAUGUAAACGGUGGAGAGAUUGAGCCAAAGUCGCUAAACGUGAUGAUCUCAGCUUCAGAACAGCGUGACGUUGGAGGAAUCAUGAAGAGGGUUAAGGAGAAAUGGCUGAGCCGGCUGCAUAAAGCGCGUAGCAAGGAGAAAGGAGAGGAUCAUCAUCAUUCUAGUGAAGCUGAGGUUUCAGGGAGUGGUAGGAUAGAGAGAGUUAAAGUGAAGGAGUACAAGAAAGAAGCCAAGGAGCUUUCUGCUCUAUUCAAGGGUCAGGAGAUACAAGCUCACGAAGGAGCCAUUCUCGCUAUGAAGUUCAGUCCUGACGGGAGGUACUUAGCAAGUGCGGGUGAAGAUAAAGUUUUGCGGGUUUGGAGCGUUGUUGAAGACGAAAGAUGCGAAGAACACGACGUUCCCAAGAUGGAUCCCUCUUGUAUAUACUUCGAAGUGAGUAAUCUCUCUGAGUUGAGACCUGUGGCUGUGGAAAAAGAUGGUGUUAAUGGCGGCUCGUUGAUGAGUCCGAGGAAGACGACGGAGUCAGCUUGUGUUAUUAUCCCUCCGAAGAUCUUUCGUGUGGUUGAUAAACCUGUGCACGAGUUUCUCGGGCACAGUGGUGAUAUCCUUGAUGUAUCGUGGUCCAAGAACAAUCGUCUCUUGUCAGCUUCAGCAGACAGUAGUGUUCGGCUUUGGCAGAUUGGUUGUGAGGAUUGUCUUGGAAUCUACUCGCACAGUAACUAUGUUACAUCUGUUCAGUUCAACCCGGUUGAUGAUGAUCACUUCAUCACCGGUUCCAUAGAUGGGAAAGUUCGUAUCUGGUCAGCUUCUCGCUACCAAGUUGUAGAUUGGGUCGAUGCUAGGAGCAUUGUAACCGCAGUUUGUUACCGCCCAGACGGUCAGGGAGUAAUUAUUGGAACUUUGACGAGCGAGUGUCGCUUCUACAAUGUAACAGGCCACUGCCUUCAACUCGAUGGUCAUAUAUGUCUGCACAACAAAAAGAAAUCAUCAAAUAAACGAAUAAUCAGCUUUCAGUUUGAUUCCACUGAUCCAAGCAGAGUCAUGGUAGCAUCCGCAGAUUCGCAAGUCAGGAUCAUUAGCGGUCGCAACGUUGUCCACAAAUACAAAGGAUCACGAAACGCGGGAAAUCAGAUCUCGGCGUCUUUUACCGGAGACGGGAAGCAUAUCAUCUCCGCGUGUGACGACUCCUCCGUCUACGUCUGGAACUGCGUCCCGCACGAUCCCGAGCCGCCGUCUCCUGGCUUCUUCUCCCACACGAAACGAAUUAAGAUCCGAUCCUUCGAGAAAUUCUCCGCUGACGUCUCGGUCGCGAUCCCGUGGUGCGGUUUCUCCUCCCCCGGGAUCUCCGGCGGAUCGGAGCUAUCUCCGUCGCUGUUCUCGUUGGGGAGAGAGUACGUUCUCGAUUCUCCCAAGGGAGCUGCGACUUGGCCGGAGGAGAAGCUGGCGAGCUCGUUUUCUCCGGUGAGGGCGAUCAGAAGAUCGCAUUAUAGAUUCCUCCGGUCGUCGUGCAGGAGAACGGCGGAGUCGUCUCAUCUCUGGGGGUUGGUUAUCGUCACCGGCGGGUGGGAUGGACGGAUCAGAUUGUUUCAUAACUACGGUUUACCGGUUCCCGUUUGAAAAUCCAACGGCUACGGUUCGUUCCUUUUCAAACGUCGCCGUUUAUAUACAUACUCCGCUAUCACGUGGGGAUGUUUAGGAGUGUUGUAUGGGCUGGGCCUAACUCGUUGGCCCGUUUUUUGACCCGGUGGUUUGUAGCUGGGUCUCACCAGGUCGGAGCUUGAAGCCUUCAGAGUUCAGAGGCAUAUAGAAGGGGGGAACUCAGAUUUUUGCCUUUUAAAAAAUCGUAAAAGUUAUUAUUAGUAUAAUUAUAAUUUUGCCUUUUUGUAAGUAACAAUAUAUAGGGAACUGUAACUGAGGCCUGUUUUUUUUCAUGUAAAUACCAUGGUUUUCUCUCCA